AGACGUGACCAGAUUAUGAGCGCUGCUUACACCCAGGAGUUAUUAUCUGAGCUCCGAUGGGAUAUUGGGAAUCGUAUUGUAUUUCUCGUGGUAUAUUUGUACACUGUGGUGGUUUUCUAUCACAUAUGUCCGGCUGGAAAUAGGUCCCGUCGCCACUCCUCUUCCCGGCGGGGGGAUAUAGUAUCGCGGCACCUUAUCUCCUCCCUUUUCUCUCUGUGGCCGCCAUCGAGCAGCAGCCCGGAGCCGGCGGUCAGCAUGGCCUGCGCUCGUCCUUUGAUAUCGGUGUACUCCGAAAAGGGGGAAUCAUCAGGCAAAAAUGUCACUAUGCCUGCAGUGUUCAAGGCUCCUAUCCGGCCGGAUAUAGUCAACUUUGUCCACACCAACCUGCGCAAGAACAAUAGGCAGCCAUAUGCAGUGAGCGAACUUGCUGGUCACCAAACCAGUGCCGAAUCAUGGGGAACUGGCAGGGCUGUUGCCCGUAUUCCCCGUGUCCGAGGAGGUGGAACUCACCGCUCCGGUCAGGGUGCAUUUGGAAACAUGUGUCGUGGAGGGCGUAUGUUUGCCCCUACCAAGACCUGGAGGCGCUGGCAUCGCAGGGUCAAUGUAAAUCAGAAGAGAUAUGCAGUUUGCUCUGCAUUGGCUGCUUCAGCCCUCCCUGCACUUGUCAUGUCUAAAGGCCAUCGUAUUGAGGAGAUCCCUGAGGUCCCUUUGGUUGUGGAAGAUAAAGUUGAAAACUAUAAGAAGACAAAGGAGGCAGUUCUGUUGCUGAAGAAACUGAAAGCCUGGAAUGAUAUCAAGAAGGUGUAUGCUUCCCAACGUAUGCGUGCUGGUAAGGGUAAAAUGAGAAACCGCCGUCGCAUUCAGCGUAGAGGACCUUGUGUAAUUUACAAUGAAGAUAACGGCAUUGUUAAAGCCUUCAGAAAUAUUCCAGGAAUCACUCUCCUUGGUGUAAAUAAGCUGAACCUUCUGAGGUUGGCUCCAGGUGGUCAUGUUGGACGAUUCUGCAUUUGGACAGAAAGUGCCUUCCGCAAGCUGGAUGAACUGUAUGGCACAUGGCGUAAACAAUCUACCCUGAAAGCAGAUUACAACCUUCCCAUGCACAAAAUGACAAACACAGAUCUGAGCCGUAUCAUGAAGAGUCAAGAGAUCCAGAAGGCUCUUCGUGCUCCAAAUAAGAAGGUGAAGCGCAGAGAACUCAAGAAGAACCCACUGAAGAACUUGAGAAUUAUGAUGAGGCUCAAUCCAUAUGCAAAGACAGCAAAACGCAAUGCCAUCCUUCUCCAGGCUGAGAAUAUUAAGAAAAAACAGACAAAGCGGGACGUGACAGCAGCUAAGACAGCGGCUGCUAAAGUGCUAGCUGAUAAAGCACUAGCUGAUAAAGCACCAGCUGGAAAAAAGGCCACCAAAGCACCAGCUGCAAAGAAAGCUAAGAAAGCAGCAAAGAAAUCUUAAAUCCCACUGGCUGAAGUUCAGCACUUUGGAUUCAUACUCAAUAAAUGCUGUUUAAUAUGAAA